UUCACUUCCUGGAUGUCAGAGCAAGCGCAGUCACCAGAACAGCCAAUAUUAAAAUUAAUGUUUUGAAAUGCGUAAGCUAUUGAGUGCAUAAAAAUACUUAACUAUAUUAAAGCUCAAGGUCCGCUGUAAUAUAAGCAACGACUAUGGCAGGCAGAAAAAGAAAAGUCCAGGACCUGGCAGUAGCUACUGCCGCUGUUACACAUAAAGAGUCGGACUUGGUGUUACUUAGAACCAAGUCUGAACGGAAUCGUAGAGCUUCUGCAAAGGUCACCAGUCAGUCGGUUCCAUGUGAAUCUGUCCAGAGGUUCGAGCCGGAGCGAAGCCAUUAUUUCAACGGCGAGCCUCGGCGCAGACUGGAGCAGGAUUUUUACAGUCAGCCUUGCAUCAGUUUGGCUAAAGCAUUCCUCGGCAAGGUGCUGGUCCGCAGGUGUGCAGACGGGUCUGAGCUACGAGGGAGGAUAGUGGAAACUGAAGCAUAUCUUGGAGGGGAGGACAAAGCCUCACACUCAGCAGGGGGCAAACGCACUGAGAGGAACACCGCCAUGUUCAUGAAGCCGGGUACAAUCUACGUGUAUCCAAUCUAUGGGAUUUAUCUUUGCAUGAAUGUUUCCAGUGAAGGGGAGGGUGCUGCUGUGCUGCUGCGCUCUCUGGAGCCCCUGCAGGGCCAAUCUGCGAUGAGGAAGCUGAGAGCGGCUAGACGCCAAGAGGGAGCCCGUCAACUGAAGGACAAAGAGCUCUGCAACGGGCCUUCAAAGCUGUGCCAGGCUCUAAAUAUACCUCGCUGUUUUGACCGUAGAGACUUGGCUUCUGACCCAGAGGUGUGGCUGGAGGCCGAUGAAAGUCCCCCAAAACCCCAGGAUAUAGUUUCAGCUCCGCGCAUCGGCAUCGAGUCUCAUGGGGAAUGGGCUAAGAAACCAUGGCGCUUUUAUCUCCGUGGGCACCCCUGUGUUAGUGUUGUGAAUAAAGAGGCAGAGAGACGGUCUCUGUCUGUAAAUGCAGCAGACAGUUCAGAUCCAUGAGAUGUGCAGAGAAAGAACAGAAAAUUAACCUAAAAAAGGACUUUAAGCUACUUUUUAAAAGUCAACCAUUUGGAGCCAAUAAAAUCUGAUACCUUUGUCUUGCA